GUUACUAGAUAACAAAAAACAAGGAAGAAUCUAUGGCGGAGGGUGAAGGCAGCAGCUCUAGAGGCCGGCCAAAGAGGGCGCAGAUCAGAAAAACUGAAGUCAUCAGUUACGAGAAAAGCGUCACGCAACUGUCAAGAGAAGGGAGACAGACGCAUUUGGUAGUGGACCGAGCCCGUAAAACGCCAUUGAACGCACAUAGUAGAUCUUACUCUACUGUCUUUGAUAAUACCUCUCCUCAGUACAACUGGCUUCGUGAUGGCUGGCUCGUUGAGGAGCGUCGCAUAAUGCUGACCGGCCGACUUUACCGGUACUAUUACGAUCCACUGGGACAAGUAUACGGUACAAGGUGCGAAGUGGAGCAGAUGUGCGCAUACAUUGACAGGGAUAAGAACAGAAAGAAGCGCGAGAUCAUCAUCAUCGACUAAAUUUCUGUUAUGUAUUGAUAUCUUAUCAUUUAAGCUAUUAUAAAUAAAAUAAAAAGGUUCAUUUCCGAAGUACCAUUGACAAAAAGGAAAUAACCUGUGUUUUUAAUAUAAGGACUAUGCAAGCCGUUUUCUGUUGUUGUUUAAUCUAUGGAACAAUCGAGUAUCUUUCUUUGUUGUUUCAUUGUUUGCAAAACUUAAUUUUA